CCGGAGAGAGAACACAAUUGUUUCCUGGUGUUUUUUUUUUCUUUUCCCCCUCCCCCUCUCUCAGACACAUGAUCGUGGGGGAAAUGAGGUGGAAAUUGUUGAUGAUGCUGUUCCUCUCCUGCCUGCUUGUCUGCCUCUGGCUUAAUAACCUCAGCAGCAGCAGCUUGAGCCAGUGGAGAAUCUAUCAGCACUGGCAAUGGAAAGAGACAAACCCCACAGCAUCAAACACAGGCGAUGCCCCAACUCCAAGCAAUGGGACAGCAGUCACCAAAUCUUCCGAAGCUACUCACUUGGAGGAAUGCCCCUAUGACCCACCAGAGCUUGUCGGCCCCCUGAGGAUCGUGUUUGACGAGGAGCUGUCGCUGGAAGAGCUGGCUGAAUUAAAUCCCUACGUGGAGUUUGGAGGCCACUACAAGCCUCGGGACUGCAUCCCCUUGCAACACAUUGCCAUCAUUAUCCCCUUCCGAAAUCGGGAUCACCACCUGAGACACUGGCUCUAUUACCUUCACCCAAUCUUGCGCCGGCAGCAGGGCGAGUAUGGGAUUUACGUUAUCGAACAGGCUGGUGAAAACACCUUCAACCGAGCAAAGCUCCUCAAUGUUGGAUUUGUGGAAGCAUCAAAAGAGAAAGAUUACGAUUGUUUCAUAUUCAGCGAUGUUGAUAUCAUACCUGAGAACGACAGAAAUCUGUAUCGCUGUUCUCAGAAUCCACGACACCUGGCGUGUGCCAUGGACAAAUUUGGAUAUAAGUUGCCGUACACAGGGUAUUUUGGAGGAGUCGUGGCGUUCACGAAAAAGCAGUACUUGAAAAUAAAUGGUUUCUCCAACAAUUAUUGGGGCUGGGGGACUGAAGAUGAUGACACGUACCAAAGGGUAACAUUGAGUGGGAUGUCUGUUGAUCGACCUGACCGCAACAUUGGAAGAACCAAAAUGAUACGGCACCAAAGAGACAAAGGAAAUGAGGUCAAUGAGAAAAAUUAUGUUGUUUAUAAUCGGAUGAAGUUUACAAGGAAGCAGGAUGGAUAUAUAUCUCUGAAAUAUUCACUCAUCAAGAAAGAAAAAAGUCAACUUUUCACAAAAAUAACAGUUGAUAUUGGAAAGCCUCCAUCGUAAAGAAUCAGAAAUGUGCCUUUUCUACCUCCAAUUGGAGUAGAAUUAACCAAAGAAAUGUGUGUGGCUGCUGCUUAGGACUACUGCUGACACAUUUAAACAAGGAAAAAAAUCAUGGAGUUCUGUGAUUGAAGUCUCCGUACCUUGAAGAGAACAGUCUUUCUAUUCCGUCUCUUCCUUCUGUAGAUCUGAGGGAAGUGCACUUUUGUCGUUGGUUUGCUUCUCUCUGGUAGAGAAAGAGUUUCCAAUCCUGCUUGGGGUAAUGAGAAGGCUCAUGGGGUGUGAAUAUGUGUGAGUACAAAGGAAUGAUAUCUCACACACCCACACCAGCCCUCAGAUUCAGAAUGAUGUCUUGUAUUGAUUCUGCCCUCCUUCCCUUUUGAAUUUUUCUUUUUUGGGCAUGAAGGGAGCAAUGAGCCAUUUGGCCAAUUACAAAUUGUUUGGUAGAUUUUUCGCUGAAGCAAGACCUCCUGUGUUUGCGGUUUACAACUCCAUUCUAUAUCAGGGGUUAGCACCAACUUGAGUCUACCAGGGAAGGAAGCGAAUUCCUUGUCCCUUCAGAGUCCACAUAAACUCUCAGGUAUGCUGCUUACAUUUUUUUUAAUCAAUGAUUUUUUUUUUUCCCUUAGGCUUAUUUUUGGCUUCCGAGCCAAUUAAUUCUAGUGGGUAGCAGGGAGCAGAUGUUGUCUCCUACAUUUUAGACAGUUUCUUCACUUAUGAAGGCUGCCCCCAUCCAGACUGUCCAACAUGAGCUUGGCUGUUGCAACCAGCACACUGGCAUUCCUGCCUCUGUUACUCUGGAGUAGCUCCAUCUCUUGAAAGGUGCUGACUCCCACUGGAGUACAGUUCCACAGACACCUGGUAUCCUUCAGUACUUUCACCCAAGUGCCCACUCGCAAUGUAUGAGAUGCAAAACAGCGCUAUUUGAUUAUGGGGCAUUAUGGUUGACUCUGAUCUGGCCCUCGUUCAUUCACACAAGUGUCCAGACGCAUGGGCUCUCUGAUAUGCAAUCACUGGUUAGGAAUCAGGAGUAGGAAACACCCAUUGGAUUUUCCUCAAUUGUAGGAACUAUGUAACACUUAUGGCUGAGGAGAAUCAACUCGACGCAGAUCAGAGAGUCAACCCGCAACCAGAUUUAGCCUCUGGGCUCAGUCUUGCACUGGACAGUCUUGUUACCAACUGAACCAUCAGCUGAGCACCUUUUAAACCGAGCACUGUUUUUAUAAAAUGUGUUGCCUGACUUUUUAUUCCAUUUGUUUACAACACAUUCUGUAAAUGACAUCAUGUGUACAAUCAUGUGACUACUGACUGACACAACCUUAAUUUUGGAUCCUCCACUUCUCCCUCUGACAACGGUUGGCAUUUCAGCGACAGGACCCGUUUAAUUGGGAUAGGGUGGGGCAAACAAAAAUUAAAACUUUUUUAAUCCUUCAGUUAAAUUCUCCACCAAACUCCUUAGAGCAAUACUGUUCUUAUGGUUGCAGUCUGCAUUGUCAGCAGGGAAAUUCCAUUCCUUCUCUGUUGCCUCUGUUAAUUUUGGAUUGUAAAGCUCUAUUUGUAACCUGUUUUUUUUAAAAGAAAAUAACAAUAGUAAAUGAACCAAAGAUAUCUCUACAAAAAUGUUCAAAUUACUUGUAAAAUGGAAUAUUAGUUCAGUUGUACAGCACACAGUAAUGGAGUUGAAACUGCAGCUAAUUGCAUAAUGAAUGACCUGGGGUUGUAAAAA